CCCUGGCGGGUUUUCAUUUUUCUUCCAAUAGGGUUAUUUCCAGAAACUCAUCACCCACGGUUGCUGCAGACGCUGAUGAAGGACUCAAGUAUUCUGGGGACGGUUCUGACACGCCUCACUAACUUCAUGAUCUUCCAGAGGAGCGUUGGAGAAGUGUUCGGUCCCUACACUCAGCCCACAGAUGAAGAGUUCUGGGACAUGUGGACAAGUUUACGCUACAAUGAUGGCAACUUGGUUUUAGACAGUAUUCUCCAGUACCUCAAUCAGAGAUUUCAGCACAGAGAUCGAUGGGUGGGAGCGCUCACGUCUACACAUGCCCCAUUGCACAUGAUUUACGGACCUCUGGACCCUGUCAACCCCCAUCCACAGUUCAUCCGUCUUUAUGUGUAUCUGGUGAAGACGUCGACCAUCACAAUUCUGGACGACCACAUCAGUCACUACCCUCAGCUGGAGGACCCCAUCGGCUUCCUAAAAGCUUAUUUUAAUUUCAUCCACUCUUUCUGAACAGAUCUGACACAGGCACCUUGUGUGAGUAAUCAA